AUGCCGUUUACAACUCCUGACUAUGCUGAGAAGCUGCCGUGCGAAAUACCAGAUUCAGUUCCCAUCCAUAAAUUUCUCUUUGGCCAAGAGGACAAGUAUGGUCGCUAUCCAUUGUCGUCGUCAAAGUCACCGUUUACAUGUGGCAUUUCCGGGAAGGGUUAUGACGCGGCGGAAGUCGCAGAGAGAAUUGACCUGCUUGCCGCGGCUCUUGCUACGGAACUUAGGUUUGAGGUGAACAGUCCUGAACUGGACAAGGUCAUUAGUAUUUUCAGUGUUAAUACGAUUGAUACCAUGACCGUAUCCUGGGCGACACACAGACUAAACGGCGUUUCAUCCCCAAUCAGUCCCUCCUACUCUGUCACAGAACUCACUCGUCAGCUCAAGGCCGUCAAGGCAAAAGCACUCUUCACCUGUGUUACAUUGCUGCACACUGCAUUGGAGGCGGCUGACGCAGCUGGGAUCCCCCAAAACAGAGUAUACCUUCUUGAAGUCCCGGAAAAGGUGUCCAAGGGAGCGACACUCCCACACGAUAUCUUGACAGUCGACAAACUCAUUGAAACGGGGAGAGGAGUUGAGAAACUGCCGAAGCUGGAGUGGACAGAGGGCCAGGGCGCUCGACAGACGGCUUUCCUGUGCUCUUCGAGCGGCACGUCUGGUCUACCUAAAAAUGUGCAAAUUUCGCAUCGAAAUAUCAUUGCGAAUGUCAUGCAACUUGCUGUGUAUGAGUCGAAUUACCGCACCCCAGGACCACAAGGAAACCUGGGAGUCCUACCCAUGAGCCAUAGCUAUGCGUUGAUAGUGACGGGCCAUCUUGGCGUUUAUAGAGGACACGAGGUAUUUGUCCUUCCGGGGUUUGACAUUCACGAUGUGGUACAUGCCAUUUCUCACUACAAGAUCGAAAACCUCUGGAUGGUCCCUCCCAUGAUUGUAGGAAUGAUCAAAGCAGCAGCCAUUGUUGAGAAACACGACCUCAGCCACGUGGACACAGUGGUUGUGGGAGCGUCAAAUCUAACAGAUGAGGUAGCCGCCGCGUUUACAAAGUUGAUGCCGAACUGCAAUUUCGUGCAGGGCUACGGACUCACAGAGACGGCUGUGGCGGUGUGUAUGCAGAAUAGGGCGGACAUCAUGUCUGGAUCUUGUGGGAGUUUACUACCUGGGUUUGAGGGGCGACUUGUUGAUCGUGCAGGGGGGGAAAUUACUGCUCUUGAUACGGCUGGGGAGUUGUUGCUGAAAUCGCCGACCGUGAUGUUGGGAUAUUUGGAUAAUGAGCAAGCUACGAGGGAGUCGUUCACAGAAGAUGGGUGGUUAAGGACAGGAGAUUUGAUUGAGUUCCGGAAGAGCGAGAAGGGGUAUGAGCACCUCUUCAUUGUGGAUCGGGUGAAGGAGCUCAUCAAAGUUAGAGGAAUGCAAGUAUCCCCCGUAGAGGUUGAGGCUCUUCUGUCUCGUCAUCCAGCCGUUGCAGACGUCACGGUCGUGCCUAUUCCGAAUGAUGCGGCUGGUGAACUACCCAUUGCGUUUAUAGUGAGAGCGCCGGAGGCGAAGGACCAGGACGAGAAUGAUCUCAAGGAUAGGAUUCAUGAGUUUGCGAAUACUGAAUUGGCGGAGUUUAAGAGACUGGCGGGCGGGAUUGAGUUUGUGGAUGCGUUGCCAAAGUCGGCGGCUGGAAAGACGAAGAGGGGUGAUAUGAAGGGGAGGGCGAGGGACAUGUAUGAGGCCAGGAGGGUGCGGCCGGUGAUUUUGCAGACGUUCGAGUUUGAUUCUGAGGAUGAUGAGGAUGAAGAUGAGUAG